CCUCUUUCAGCUUGUGGGUGUGCUAGAACUGGUCAGACUUCUCCAUCUUCCUCUGCUUAGUGUUCUUUCAUGUACCAGUAGGAUUGUGGAUGAUGUAGCGACUUACAUUUUGAGUUUUGGGUACUAGCUGCCUGUGUGAUGUAUAUCGAGCCAUUGCAUCAGCAGCCGAGAGGAAUGUAAUGAACUCAGCUGCUUGUGAAAGGGUUUUGGCAUUUCGGCGAGGGUACCACAAUGACGACCACACCACUUUCUCAGGUUAGCCAGUCGAUAUUGACAGCAAUCAUAACUAGCCGCCAGGACUUUUUCAACGGGUCCUCCAUCCGUUCCUCUCUGUCACUUCGCAGCUACCGAUCAUGCCUUGAACCGGCCAGAGCUCAGGCAUCCAUCUCGGGGUGGCAGUCCGCCGAGCCCACCAAGCGCAACAAAUCAAUAAUCACAAGAGCUAGCCUGAAGGAGCUCGUCUCGGUGGUAGAUGAGCGAAAGGUGAAAGAAAAGAUGGUGUUCUAUAUCCACGAGAUCAGAUCCGCAGACAUGACUGCUACUCUGAAGGUAGCAAGCCUGCCCGAAAACACAGCUCCUCUCCAGUGGGGGUCCAUCCUCGUCUUCGACAACGAGGUGCGAGAGGGUGAGGGCACGGACAGCAAGCUAAUAGCUCGGGAGCGAGGAUGGGGAUGCAUCACUGACAAAGACAGUGCUGACGGCUUGCAGCUAUUCUCUAAAAUCACUUUCACCGAUGGGAAAUACGAGGGCUCCAGUUUGACCUUCAGUGGCAAUGUUGGUGGGGCUGCUACACCUUACGAGCUCAUUAUUCUUGGCGGCACGGGACACUUUCGAGGUGCUCAUGGCUUCGUGUUGGCUGACAACUGCCCCAACCAGGGCAACCUCUUCAUCUUCCAGUGGAACGUCUUCGUCACGAAGGACAACGUUGGCCUGCUGUAGAUUUUUACAUUCGACGGCUGCUUUAAGUCUGCACCAACUAGCUUCCUGCACAUGCAGACGCUGAAAAAUUUGAUGUACCAAGGUAUUGAGUACAGAACGAGGAUCAAGCCCAUCAUGAAGUAUUGAAUGAACACAUGAUAUGCUAUGUUCGAGUUCAUUUUAGAGUUGAUCAUUAGUGUACAUAAUUGUUCAGCUUCUUCUAAUGAACCAUUUUUGUAUUUUAUUGGAAGUCUAUACAGCUUUUUUCCAACAAAAGCUAAACGUUGACUGUUCACAGCUGACUGCUUUCAUACUAUCUAAAGUGGGUAGAUUUUACAGAAAUGAACACUCUCUUCACGUCUAGAAAGGAGAGUUGACUGGACACCUCGCACCAGAUGUCCAUCACUGUCCUCUCCACAAGAACAACCACAAUCCUCGUGUACACACAUCAUACUAUAUAUAUAUAUAUACAAAUGUUUUACAAGA